CUCACUAUAAAAAGCGCACAAGAGGGUUCGUCUCAAAGUCUCCGAGUUUUGGGUGAAAAAAUCCCGGGGGGUCUUAACAAUCGGUGAUAGCGGAAUACCUCUAGGGAGGCGGAUCUACUUGAACCCCGUUUUCCCCUUCGCCUUCCCGCCAUUCCCGUCCGAUCUCAGCUUUGCAGGGUCUGGUGCUGUUUGGGAGCUUUGUAAGUUAAAUAAUAAGAUACAAGUUUCGUCAUCAUGGCUUCCAAGCGCAUCUUGAAGGAGCUUAAGGAUUUGCAGAAGGAUCCUCCCACUUCCUGCAGCGCCGGCCCUGUGGCUGAGGACAUGUUUCACUGGCAAGCAACGAUUAUGGGACCCCCUGAUAGCCCAUAUGCGGGAGGUGUAUUCCUUGUGACCAUUCAUUUCCCUCCUGACUAUCCUUUCAAACCUCCUAAGGUUGCAUUUAGGACCAAGGUCUUCCACCCGAAUAUCAAUAGCAAUGGAAGCAUUUGUCUUGAUAUCCUUAAAGAACAAUGGAGUCCGGCCCUUACUAUCUCCAAGGUAUUGCUCUCAAUCUGCUCUUUGCUGACUGACCCAAAUCCUGAUGACCCCCUUGUACCGGAGAUUGCCCACAUGUAUAAAACUGAUCGAGCCAAGUAUGAAUCGACUGCUCGUAGCUGGACUCAGAAGUACGCGAUGGGGUAGUGAUGUAUUUCCCAUGUUAAGGAUUUGUACUUUGGGGGUGGCAAGGUUUUAAGGGUGUUGAUUAAUAUGUGGGAUGAAAGAUCUUUGUUCUUCCUAUGUUUUGUUAUAUUACCAAAGAUACGAUGGAAUGUAAUUCAGGUGUCACCAGAACUUGAUGUUCCUUCCGGCUUGAUCAGUAAUCUAUCAUUUGUGGUUUGUUUA